AUGGACUCGUUGAUGACCCAAGACUCGCAGCCUCCCACAUGUCCCCGCAGCUGCUUCAUCCAGCGCUUCAUCUAUCCUCCCUCCGGCGCACAUGACGAGCAACAGGCCUUGAGGAGCGAGCGCGACGUCUCGAGCCGAGAGAGAGAGACUCGCUCAUCCAAGCAUGAGGCGACAGGCGCGCCCGCUAGCCAUGACAGAACAUUGCAGAAAGGCUUCGACUCCUCGGCAUCGAGCUCGGGCUCAGAAGACUCGGCGUACGGAAGCGCUCUGUCGUCGGACGAGGGGGUGGGCGUGGGGACGGAGAGCCAGAGCGAUGCUGAGCCCCAGCCAUACGAGUACGACGACGGCAACAGCGAGCUCUUCGCCCAUGUCACCCUCAGACGAAAGCAUCAUGAGGACCUCCGCACCAGAGACAGCGUCAUGCUCGACAGCACGACCGUCACCAGCUACUUCCACAUGCGCCAGAGCGAGGCGGCGGCGGCGUUCGGGAUCUCGCUGACGGCCUUCAAGGCCGCAUGCAGGAAGCUCGGCAUCCAGAGGUGGCCGUACAUGCGACAGAAGGCGGCUGCUUCCGCCCAGACCGCCAUGACAGACCCAGACCAGGAGGCCGGCGGGGCGCGUGGGAGGAGGCGCGACCGGCGGGUCACGACGGGCCCAGGCGCUGGGGCGGAGCAGGAGCAGGCAGGCAGGGCUCGAUGGGACGGCAGCCUUGAGGACCUGAUGGAGGAGGCGCUGGAGCAUUGCACGCGGAAGGAAGAGGGGCAGUUUAUAGCAGAGGGCAAGUGA